AUGGUAGCUUUGGCAAAUAGAACAACAAAAGUUUCAUUUAGCACUUACUUCAAAACUCAUCAAAGUAUUUACUCCAAAAUUUAUCAUAACAUUCACAACAAAUCUAAUCAAAACAAAUAUUACAAUAUCGAUCAAAUCAAAAUAUUUAUACAAAGUUCAUGGGUAGAAAAACGGAUGCAUAUAUUUCUAAACUUACCAGAUGAAUUAUUGGUCCAAAUCAUCAAAUACAUCAAUGAUAAUUCAAGAAUUGAAGAAUUAAUAUCCAUCCCAACAUUACAGAAAUAUGCUUUACAAGCAAGGUAUCAUAAAUAUCAACUUGUUAAUUCUACAAUUAGUCCCCUUGAUGGAUCAAUGAAAAGUGUGAAAUCGCUAUACGAGAUUUACAAUUUUAGACCUUCAAGAAUAAUACUAGAAGCAGAUCAGUUGUUUGAAUUAUUGAAGCUGGAAGAAGAAUUUUCGGACUCACAAGAGGAACAUUCGAUUGAAUUUGAGAAUAUGAAUUUAUACCGUCAUGCCGAAUUCGAAAUCUCAAUUUCAGACCAUAUGAAUGUAGAUUUGAAGCUGAUCUUGAGAGAGUUAAAUGUGGUGGGGGUUAAUUUGUGGAGAAUCGACCCAUAUAAAUAUCUGAUUGAGAAUAAUUUUGAAAUGAUUGAUUUUGAUUCUCGCAUGACUGAAAUUGAUCCUGAAGCAUUUCAAAAUCAUGUACAAGUGCUUCAAUCUAGUGAUAUAAAGAUAUUGACAAUAGAAUUUAGCUAUGAUUUUGUGAAUAAAUUUCCUACAUCAUUAAAAAAGUUGACAUUGUACCUUAAGUAUGAAAAAGUUGAUUUGAAUUUAAGUGAAUUGCAAUGUCUUGAAUAUUUUACUUGCUACGGUAUAUCAGGGGUGGAAUCGUUGGAUGCUCUUCAAUUAUCUAAGACAAUCAAGUCCAUCAAAAUUAUCGGGUGUCAAUUUGAAACUUUAGGAAAUUUGAAGAACUACAAUUCUUUGAAGUGCCUUCUAAUCUCUCGUUGUCGAAAUUUAUUGCAAAUCAUCAAGUUUUUUUCCCCUGAAUCAUUGGAAACCUUGCUGUUAUAUCCUUGUUACCAUCAAAAUAAAAUCAUUGAAUUAUCUGGAUCCGUGAAACAAGGAUUCAUCGAAGAUUUUGAAUUAUCAGACUUUACAAGAGAUGGAAAAUCAUUUCUCCUUGGAUCCAAUUUCAAACUUCCCUCGAAUAUAAAAGUUUUGAAAAUUAGUGGAGAAUCUAAAAGUUUAGAGUUGGGGAGUAACCUUUGCUUGCAAUCCCUUCACACUUUGGAGCUUAGUUUUAUUCAGAACCUUGAUCUAAACGAGCUUUUUACAUCAUUACCAGAAAGUAUGAUAAAACUCAACAUCAAUCAUUGUGAAAUAUUAAAAGUUGACAUGGGCUUAAGAGAUCUCAACAUACAACAAAUUGACUUCUCACGCAAUAAAGUUUCCAAUAUCUUCCAACUAAAUUUUAAGCAAUCUAUAAAUUUAAAUCAUUUAACGCUCACAGAACAUAUCUCAGUUGCACCGGGCAUUAAAGAACAAUAUUUUGAUCCAUGUUGGUUUUUGAUAAGUGAUCCAAUCAACGAAUUUGAUAAGAGAGUAAAAUGUGGAUUGACUCAAACAUUGCAGAUUGGCAUAUUAAAUCUUACAUAUUUGGAAUUAGAUAUCCGCUUUACAGAUGUACCAGCUGAUUUGUUCGAUAAAGAUUCAAAUAUAACAAUUCAACUUCCUUCUCAAAUUUGUCUUAAUGGUUGUCCAACUUUAAAGAUCUUGAAAUUAGCAGGAUUGAGUAUCCAAGUGUUGGACUUACAAAAGUUUCCUCGUUCUUUGUAUCAUGUAGACGUAUUUGGGCUCCACCUAAAAGAAAUUAAGGGUCAGUUCAGCAGAUUAGAUCAAUUACUGCAUUUACGUUUGAAGGAAUGUGAUAUCACUUACUCGAUGUUGGUUCAUCAAAAAUUCCCUCCUACUUUACAUCUAUUGAAUUUAUCUAACAACAGCAUUGAAGAUUUAAGUUGCAUUAAGAUCGAUAGUUGUUUAAGAUUAAGAUAUUUAUAUUUAAAAAAAGUGAGUGAACUGCAGGUACCAACCGGUGCAAAUGAAUUAAAAGAGUUAUUCAUUAAAUUAGUCGGUAGAGAAGAUGAAAGCUGUGCGCUUGCAACAACGUCUAAUGAAGCGCGGGUGUUCCGUGUCAUGAAUGUGGAUGAUUGUUUUAAUGUUAAUCUUGUUGAUGUUGAUGUUGAUGUUGAUGUUGAUGUUGAUGUUGAUUCUGAUGUUGAUGUUGAUGUUGUUGAUGUGAUGUUGAUGUGGUUGUUGUAA